CAAUCUUCCAACCUUUCCCCAGCAUAAUUUCGCAACACUUUCACACUGUCAUUUUUUUUGCUGUUGUUGUGGAGCAAAGCAUUAUUCCGUUAAAAGCCUCAUAGGUUUCUCUUUCUCCUUUGCCUUGGUCCCAUUUGUCCCGUCUGUGUCACCUUAAUUACAAAGAGGGACAUUUAUUUCCGCUGAAUAUUACUAUAAAAUACCACUCCCUACCCUUUUUCCUUUUUCUCUUUCCAUUUGUCUUGUACUCCUUCCACUGCCUCAAUCUCUCUCUCUCUCUCUUUCUCUUGGACGUUAUUUUAAGUGACAACAGGCUAUCAUUCCACUCCUCUUUUUUGAUUCUCAGAUUACCCUUGUAGCUUCCUCUUUCUCUCCAACCUACUUCCCUUUAUUUUAUUAUUUUUUUUUUUUGCUCACAAAACAAAAAUCAAAUCAUGGGCAAUAACAAUUUUGAAAAGAUUAAUAUAGACCAGAGGGUUGAAAGGGAUGAUAAUUUAUCUCCCACAACAUUUCUGCCCGAUAUCAGAUGCAAGCAUGAGCCUGAGGACUGCAAAAGACACGAGGCAAUCACUCCUCCUCCUGCCGCUGCUCUUUCUCUUUCUUCCCCUGUUUCCUCUUCUGCUGAUACACCUGUGGCUAUGCGCACAGUGACAGAUAUUGCAGAUAUUGCAGAUAUUGCAGAUAUUACAGAUGCUUACUCUAUUGACCCUGUUGCGUACCCAACAACCCAACCCUCAUCUGUGGUUCUCCCCAGUAUCGAAGUGACCGCCACUACUGCCACUACCCCUGCCUUUGUACACGCAAACAAUGGAAACAAUUCGAUCACUGUUAACCCACAGACCACUGGAGAUGAAAAGGUCAAUACCACACCCCUUCUUGAUAACAACAGUGACAAUAGCAAUGGCAAUAACAACAACAACAACAACAACAACAACAACAACAACAAGAAUAUCAGUACCAAUAUGAACAUGCCUUCUUCCCGAGGUAUUUCAUCAGCAACACCCCUUUCGUCUUCUUUACGUUUGUCUAUGUCUCCAAAAAUGUCAUUCUCGGCUUCCUUUUCAUCCCAAUCAUCCCUUGCAAAGGAAGAGAUUCUAUCUCAAGGGGUACAAAAGGAUCAAAUUACUCUUGUGCAGGAACAGUAUCAGGAACAGGAGCAAGGGCAAGGACAAGACCAAACUACCCUUACAAACAGAAAUAUGAGCGACGAGAUAAAGAGGAAUAAAGAAUUCGAUACAGAUAUGGUUGAUGAGGUAGUGAGGGAAACUAUUGAAGCGAGCCCUUCUGUGAGUGCGAUCUAUACACCUUCACCCAAGAGAAUUCCCUCACCAUCCGUGGGUAUUGAUGAUGAGGACGAACAAGAGUCCAUUCAAGCCCAGUUCGAGAGCGAGACCGCAUUUUACGCUGCAGGCCAUCCUCAUCGCCACCGGCAUCAUAGCUCACUAUCCGAUACCAACUCACUGUCGUCUCCAACACCAUCGUCUCCUUCGUCCCCUUCAUGCUCAAGCUCAAGCUCAUCCACAUCGUCUCUGUCAGAGUAUCUUAUCAUUGGUCAAGAGCCAGUAGAGAGAUACGAUAGUGAGUGCGACGGUAACAGUGAUCGAUCGUUUGCCAGCGGUGAAUCCUUUUAUGAAAGGUCGCACCGGUAUGGUGAUGUUGGUAACUCGUCUGAUGGCAGUUUAGAGGACAGUGCGAACGAAGGAUCUCUUCGUCAUCGUCAACGUCACUCGAAACCGCGUUACCAUUCGUAUUCGCAACCGCGAACACAGUCCCAGCAUCAAUCGCGAGCGCCGCAGUCUUCUCAACGACGCCACCAUCAUGCAUCAUAUCCUACACACUUCCAAGAUGACCAUGAUCAUAUUCGUCAAGACCGCUUUCAAGGCGAAUUCUCUGAGGAAACUACUUUCCACGGGUUUAUGCAACAACGUCGACAGCGACGUAUUAUGCAUGCUGACGAGCCACGGCCGCCGACUGAAAAGACGCGAAAGCGAUCUUUCAAGUAUUUUUCUACUUCGCGAGCAGUAGAUGAUGACAGUGCUACUAGAGCCGCUACAGAGGCCACAUCCUCACUCUUUUCUUUACCAACCAUCAAGACACCGUCCCUUCGUGGUCUUUCCAAGUCUGUAGCAGAAUUGGCGAUCGCGUCGGUUGUCUGUGCGACAUUGCUAACGUGUAUGUUUAUGCUCUCGUAUAUCUCCACGGGUGCAAACCAUCUUUUGGGUUGGUAUGCAAACCAACAGAUCGGACAACGAAUCCGGAAUGGGAUCAAAGAACGAGAACACUAUGUGCAAGAGGCCCUCGAAAAGAUGGCAGGUGAGGAGUAUGUGAAGGUCAAGCGCCGUAGCCGACAAUAUCAACAACAACAGCAAAAUGGGAAUCCUCAUAACCAUCGAUAUCAACAACAGUACCAACAGCAACGGCAAGAACGUCAACAGCAUUCUAAAGAAAGAUUGUCAACGGCAGAAUGGCAGGAGUUGAUCCGUGCUGCAUCUGUCAGCUUUAUGGCCAAGUUUACAUCUGCACCUACGAUGCAGCGAGGUACUCGUCGUUGAGAGAAAAAAGGGAAAAAAGCUUUUUCUCCCAUUGCUAUUUUGUCACAUGUAUUUGCAUGCAAUCGUUUUUCUUUCCCCUUCCCCCUUCCAUCCCACAUCCCUGAUUCUCCCCAGUAUUUUCUUACAAAUAGCUCAGCUCAAGUAUAUAUGCAUGUCUGUUUAUACCCCAUCUCCAACUUGUGCUUCUCAACUUUUUAUUUUGCUUUUUUGCUUUCUUUGCUUUCCUGAUUUCUUACUUUCCGUCAAUAAAGAGUUCCAUUUGUUCAAAGUCAUUAAUUGACGCGUAUAGUUUUUGUCAGAAAAGUCAUUGC